CCAAACAUGGAUCGUAUAGGAAAGAUUGUCUUUUAUGAAGACAAAAACUUCCAAGGUCGCAACUAUGAGUGCAACAGCGACUGUCCCGAGCUCAACACCCACUUCAACCGCUGCAACUCAGUCCGGGUGGAGAGCGGCUGCUGGGUGAUGUACGAGAGGCCCAACUACAUGGGCUCCCAGUACGUCCUCACCAAAGGAGAGUACCCCGACUACCAGCGCUGGAUGGGCUACAAUGACAGCAUCAGGUCUUGCCGCAUCAUUCGAAACACCACUGGCCAGUUCAAGGUGCGUGUCUAUGAGCGUCCCGACUUCAGCGGUCAGAUGCAGGAGUUCACCGAGGACGUGUCCAACCUGCCCGACCACUGGCGCUGCCGCGAGGUCCCCUCCGCCCACGUGAUGGACGGCGCCUGGGUCUUCUUUGAGCACCCCAACUACCGGGGCCACCAGUACCUGCUGGAGAGAGGAGAGUACCGCCGCUUCACCGAGUGGGGAGCCAUGCAUCCCACCGUGGGGUCCCUCCGCCGCGUCCAGGACUUUUAG